UCAUGCUACAUGCUUUGGUGUCUUUUUUUUUUUUUCCUUUCUUUUUUUACACUAUGCACUCUAUUGUCUUGUUUUGUCAAGGAUAUGUUGUAUCCUGAAGAAAAGGGUUCAGGAAGCUCCCCCAGUGACAUGUCAGCUGAUUCAGUAAUCUUCAGGGAUUCCUGUGGCGCUUCAUCAGAACCUGUGGCGCAGACCUGUAAUUCGUCAAAAAACUCCAAGGAUAUGUUGUAUCCUGAAGAAAAGGGUUCAGGAAGCUCCCCCAGUGACAUGUCAGCUGAUUCAGUAAUCUUCAGGGAUUCCUGUGGCGCUUCAUCAGAACCUGUGGCGCAGACCUGUAAUUCGUCAAAAAACUCCAAGGAUAUGUUGUGUCCUGAAGAAAAGAGUUCAGGAAGCUCCCCCAGUGACAUGUCAGCUGAUUCAGAAAUCUUCAGUCAUUCACAGUUUGACUACGUAGAGAAGCUGGGUAAAGGAGCUUUUGGUCGAGUAGUCAAGGUAAAACAUAAACUGGUGGAAAAGUAUUACGCAGUAAAGAUCAUCCGCUGGAACGAAAAAGCUCUACGAGAAGCCAUGGCGUUGUCAGACCUCGAGCACCCUAAUAUCAUUAGAUACUUCUCGUGUUGGACGGAGGAUUCAGGAUACCAGUUGGACAGCACUGACGAAAGCUGCAGUACACAGUCUUCCACUGGUUCACCCAAGAAGUGCCUCUACAUUCAGAUGGAACUGUGUGACACCAAAACACUUCUAGACUGGAUAGAAGACUGGUAUACGAAGAAAUCAAACUCCAAGAGAAGAGAAGAAAGUCUGACCAUUGCUCAGCAGAUGGUCAGUGGUAUAGAGUACAUUCACUCCAAGAAGCUCAUCCACAGAGACCUGAAGCCUGCCAACAUCCUGUUUGGGCAGGACACAAAAGUGAAAAUCGGAGACUUUGGACUGGUCACUGCUGAGAACGACGACGAUGACAAGUCCCCGAUCAAGAGAACUGAGGAGAAGGGAACACCAUCAUACAUGGCUCCUGAACAGAAGGGCAAGAACUACGACAGAAAGGUUGACAUAUUUGCUUUGGGGCUGAUCUACUUUGAGCUUCUUUGGAAAAUCUCCAGUUGUUAUGAAAAGUUCAAGACAUGGGAAAACAUCAGAAAACAGGAGCUUCCCCAAGAAUUUCCAUCCACUUUUAUCUGGGAGUACAUCACCAUCAGAUCAAUGCUGAGUAUGAAUCCCGAAGACCGACCUGAAGCGUCUAAGGUCAUAACAGACCUGGAAGAGUGCGCUAAACGGAUAAACGCUGAAGAAAUAGCGCGUCGUGGAAGGGCCACUGUCUAAAUAGCGGGAAUACAACAGAAGAAUUUCAUCUGCACAUGGGGGGGGGGAAGAUCCAUUGGUGCUCUUGAAAGACUUUCAGAAUAAUGUCAAAUAUUCACAUGCAACUUACAAAUCAUAAAUGAUCGUUUUUAGAACAUACCACCAAACAUUGAAGCUACAGAAACCUGUAGUUUUCAUUUUAAAAUUUAAAUGACCAGUUCUGCCCAUCCUUCCAGGAAGUGUGCAAACCAUGCCAUUUGACACAUGACUAGAUAUUUUAUUGAUCACAUAUUGAAUUUACAGUUGCUGGAUAAAGAAUAAGCAUAAUAUAAUAUUUUAUAUUACCACCGGUCCAUACUGACUUUUCUUAAAAGUAAUGUAGUACGUUACUUAAUUACUUGCCAGAGAAAGUAAUUUGCUGCCCUGCUAGUUGCAUUACUUUCACACCAUAAACACACCAACACAAAUUUGUGCCCUAAUGAGGACACAUGUACAGUCUCAUAGUUUUUAGGUAUGAACAAAAAGCUGACAACACAAAGCAAAAACACUCAAACAUUUCUACUGUAAAAUCAUGAACAGGUAGAAACAGAGCUUCAUGAUGAGACUAACUGCUCAUCGAUGUCUGUUACCUGUUGAAGUUCAGGCUCUGACCUCUGAGUGGGGGGUCGGCAAACUCCUCCAUUGCCGUCUGAGGUGCACUGGGAUGUGAAGCUUGGAGAAAAAUCCUCAGUUUUUCUGACAAUCCUUUCUUUUUUCUGUCUUAAUUUAUGUCAUUGGCAUUUUUAAAAAAAUCUUUUUGUCUUUUGUAUACUUUCUAUAUGCAUUUAUGUCUGUGCGUCACCUGGUGAUUGCACAGUUUCCUCUUUUGAGUAACGUUUUCUAAGUCAAAUAAAAAGAAUUUUUGUUGUU